CACCGGAAAUUAUCCAUAAGCGCCGAGAAGAAGAACCUGUCAGACGCUAAUGUACGUCAGUUAGACUAAAGCCAGUAGGAAAAAGUGAGCGAAGUGGUGCUGAGUGGGUAGUUCUAGGUCGGAAUUCAGAAAAAGGAACCGAGGACCAUGCUGAGGGUUUGUCUGCGUGGAGUCAAGGCCACAGCUCAGAAGAGCUCUGGGAGAAUCCGUCUGACUAAUGUGCAGCAGUGCAGGGAAUACACCUCAGGAGAAAGCAGUGGUGCUUCCAGAGUGGUAGCAGCUGGCUUGUUGACAGUAACUGGGGGCAUUGGAGGCACAAUCAUCUACGCCAAGUGGGACCACAAGUUUCGGGCAGCAGUGGAGAAAAAUGUUCCAUAUUCAGAAUGGCUGUUAGGUCUGGCUUUGGGACCUGCUUCACAAGAUGCAGGUCUUCCCAUCAGGAAACAGGUUAGUUCAACCCCACCACAGCACCAGUUCCCUCCAGAUAUUGUCUCUAAUAACAUUUGUAACAAACCAGUCAAAGCAUUGUAUGAGUGUUUUCCUUGUGCAUUGGGUUUCCAAGCAGAGGCUUCAGCAGAGGCGACUCAGAUCAUCUCAGCCAUCAGUGAAGUCCAGUCCAUUCCAGCUCCAUGCGACACCGAGCCCGCAGCAGCUGCAGGUAGCAUGUUUCACUCUUGCUGCGCCAACAUUGAGCUUCCUCAUCCUUCUAACGUUUUCACAGGUUCUGAUGGAACAAUGCAGGGUCCMACAGAGGAAAAGUCAACCCACUGGAAAGAUCUAGAAGCUGCCCUGGCAGACAGAACAACUUCUGCGAAUGUUGCCAAAACUGCUCUUGUCAAAGCCAAUGAAGCUCUGGACAGUCUAAAAUCAGUGAUUGACAAAUCCAGAGGGUUGAAGAUUACAGCUGCACRGCCACUGAUCUUGGCAGCAGAAGAGAAUCUCCAUAAAAUGGUGGUAGACUUGGACAAAGUAGUCUCCAAGGUCCAAUCAGCAGAGUCGGAAGCAAAGAUUGUGGCCCAGUACACUGAACUGGUUAAUGAAGCCAAGCAGCAGUUUCAGAGGGAAGUGAGUAGCCUAACUCCAGAAAUCCAGGCCAACUGGAAAGGCCUUACUGGUAAACUGUCAACAGAUGACCUGAACGCUUUGAUUGCCCACGCACAUCGGCGCAUUGACCAGCUGAAUCGAGAACUGGCUGAGCAGCGAGUCCGAGGGCAGAUCCACAUGGAAGCAGCGCUGGAGCAGCAGAGAGCCGAGGACCAGAAAGCUCUGGACAAAGCCAUCGGCACAGCAACGCAGCACGUUAAAGAGGAGGCCCGACUGGAGCAGGAGAGGAAGCUGGCUGACCUGAGAGAAGUGAUCGAGGCAGAGAUGAGAACUCAGCUGCGGCGGCAGGCGGCUGCUCACACCGACCACGUCCGAGAUGUCCUCAAAGUCCAGGAGCAGGAGCUGAGAGCUGAAGCCGAGCAGGAACUGAGCAGUAAGCUGCUGGAGCAGGAAACCCGGUACCGUCAGCUCACUCAGGAACAGCUCGAUGACUUCACUCUGGAUAUGAAUGCUGCCUACGCAAGACUGAAGGGAGUGGAGGAGGCCAUAGACAGCCAUGUGGAAGCAGAGGGGGAGGCCCGGAAAGCUCAUCGGCUGUGGCUGUCUGUGGAAGCGCUUACCUACACCUUAAAAACAGCCAGCUCUGAGUCUCCCAGCAUGCCCCUGGAGGACGCUGCUGAGGCUGUGCGUGCCAGCUGCGUUGACAAUGAUUUUGCCCUGGCUCUGGCGUCAGCUUUGCCUGAAGAAUCCCUGAAGCGCGGUGUGUACAGCGAGGCUUCCCUUCGUGCUCGUUUCAACUCUCUGCGAUCGCUCGCUCGCAAAGUCGCUCUCAUCGAUGAAUCCCACAACACCCUGUACCAGUACUUUUUAUCGUAUGUCCAAGCUGCACUGCUUUUUGAGAAGCAACAGGAAGUCCCGCCCACCCAGCUACGCAGCGAGGAUUUGGAUCCCUUCAAGCUGCUCUCAUAUGCCAGCUACUGCCUAGAGCACGGGGAUCUGGAGCUGGCAGCCAAACUGGUGAACCAGCUGCGAGGGGAGGCCAGGAGAGUGGUGGAGGACUGGCUGACUGAAGCCAGACUCACACUGGAAACCAGGCAGGUYAUCAGUUUGCUUUCAGCCUAUGCCAAUGCAGUAGGUUUAGGCACCACCCAGGCUCCAUAGCUGCCUCCUUGACCAGGCAACCCAAAGGUAGCAUGUAUGUUGGUAGAGGAAGCCAGCUGGAAUGUGGUCGGAUCUACAACAGCAAACGAAAGCGCGAUAUUAUUGCAGUGAACCAUCUAUUAACGUUAACCCACAGAUUAGUUUCAAAUCACUAAGAUAAGAUGUAGUCUCAGUUUAGGUCUCAGCUUUGUUUUCUUUACCUUGUUUGGCAACAUGCCAUGGUCAUCUUAACAAUAAAUAAGUUAUGCUGCACUGUUGUGAAUAUUGCACAUUAAAUAAAUCAUUAAGAAGGAA